UCUGUUGUGUAUUCACUUGUAUACAUCAUCCUUUUUUAAACUUUCAACUUACACAGCUGGGGGAGGGGGAAUAUACAGAAAAAAUAUUUAUUUUUUUAUACAUACAAUGACCCAAAUAUGCCAUCUGUAAUUAAACAAGGGAAGGAUAAUGUCCUAUAAUCACAGAGUCGUCUUCCCCUAGCAGUUGUAUUUGUAUUGAAUUUGAAUGUAUUUUGCAGGUUAGAGUUUAAAUAAUUCAGCUGUUUCACUUUCAUUUAAUUGUCGAUGGUUACAGGAGGAGAGCUAGGCUCUGCUCUCAAGGCUCUCCCAGCUGAUAUGAUCCUUCUCUCCUGCAUCCUGAUCGCUCUUGUCGCUGCAUUUAAAGAACAGCCAGAGAUGGUAGUGAAUCCUGGACAGGACGUCCCUCUUCAGUGUCAAGGUCUCAGAGAUGCCUCCGUCACGCUGUUAGAGUGGACCAGACCUGACCUGAAGUCAGACGGUUACGUGUUCUUUUACCGAAACGAGCGGCCGUAUGAAAACUAUCAGCAUCCAUCUUUUCAUGGUCGAGUGGAGCUGAGAGAUCCAGAGAUGAAGGACGGAGACGCUUCUGUUGUCCUGAAGAACGUCACCUUCAACGACACUGGAACAUACGAGUGUCGGAUUAUAACCAACACACGACAAGAGAUCAAGCACCUGAUCGGGCUGAAUGUUACAGACUCAGCUGGAAACAUCUCGGAUGCAGGAUUCAUGGAUGGCCAAGAUAAAGUCUCACUCUUCUGCUCUGUCAUAGGUGGUCUUGUUCUGUCAUUAGUUGUAUGAUUUGUAUAGUAUAUAUGUUUUAUUUCAUUUUAACUGUUACCAUAUUUUAAUUUAGGCCUACACUUAAUUAUAUGUUGUGUAUGUAGCAUUAAGGAACUACAAAUUGUGUUUCGUUAUACAGGCUUGUGCUGUACAAUGACUAAUAAAUUUGUUGUAAAUGUAAAGGACCCUAUUCGCAAACACCCAGCAACAGACCUGAUGAGCAGAUAAAAUGGUAAAAUGGUAAAAUAAAGGUAUAAUAAACAAA